UUCUUUUUUGCAGGGCGCGCAGACGACGCGAGCUCGAGCUAAAACCUACCGUAGCGAGCAAAGAGCCCUGCAGCACCACCGAGCUGCAGCUAGCAGCCAUCGGGCUACGAAAUUUUAAUGAAAUCGCGGCAUGGAGCGAGACUCGAAUGUCGCGUUAAUAUUCAGAUUAACGAGAAAUUAUCGUGUUUCAGUGUCCAAACAAUUCCUUGUUUGCAUAAGACGAGAAUAAUUGAAUUAUUUUUAUUAUUAAAAGUAACAACAAGGCGGUUAUCUUCGUGAAUGCCUAAAUUUGCGAAGAAAAUUUGAAAAUUUGGCUAAAAUUCGUCGAGUGUUUGGCACGAAGUCGGCAAUUCAUCUUGAUACACGAGCAAAAUAUAAUUACCUGGCCAAAUAAUUGCGUAAAAAUCAUAUGCAAAGGAAGUUCAAACUUAUAAAUUGUUUUGAUUGAAAUAUUGUGGUGCUUCUUGAGAGGAAAUUGCAACAGUCGUAAGUACGUGACAUUUGCUCGUGCCGAGUCGGUGAACCCAAACAAUAAUUUUUAUUGUUAUUCAUUGAUGCUCAAAACGUAGUGUAUUUAAGCCGGAGCAGAGUCGAUGAAAAAUUGCAAUCAGACUCGAAUCUAAUUCGCUGCUAAAUCGUCAUCAUGUCCAUCCGAUCAGUAAUCGUCUUCUUUUCUAUCGCUCUGUGUAGCAGUGGAAUAAUCAACUGUUUAUCGUUGGAUACGAGCUCGUUGGUGUCACCGAUGACCGAAGUUCUGAAACUCGAGGCCAACAUAAAUCACACCUACGUCGAGAUGCAGAGCGCCGCGGAGAGCCUGAGAAGUCUCGAGGAGCGCAGAGACGUCUUGGAAGGACAGCUGAACGAGCUGGCGGAUCUCGUGCAGCGCGAAGUGAAGCGAAUGGAAAAACUCGAGAACGAUCUGAUCGUGCAGAUGAACGCGAGACACGGCUCGGCCAGCGACAUUCAAAAGCAAUUGUUCGACGCUUUGAAAGCCGAAGAUGCCGCAAAGGCGCUUUUCAAUGAACAAUCUUACAAGCAGUAUUACGAUCGACUGGACCAUUAUUGUUCCCGCUCCACUUCGACCUAGUAAAAGUUGUUUUACUAAAUAAUUAUAUUGUUGAAAUUAAUUUUCUGCCGUAAUUGUCGUGAUUUUCAUCGAGGUGAGCGAGGCUAACACUUUCACGGUGAAAUUAAUUCCAGGAUUGCUACAGGGCGAUUAUCUUAAAUCUAUUUCAGAAUUAUUAUGUUGCAUAAUACAUUCAUUGAAAAAACUACUAAUUAUAUUAUUCUUAAUUAAUUGUAAACUAU